AUGGACCACUUUUCGCCCAGCUUAGAGGAGGAUCACGAGGAGGAGAUCGCUGAGGAGAAGAUUAUUAAUGAAGAAUACAAAACAUGGAAGAAGAACGCGCCUUUCCUUUAUGAUAUGAUUCUUAGCACUGCCCUAGAAUGGCCAACUCUCACAGCGCAAUGGCUUCCUGAUAAGCAGGAGGACCCUGAUAAACCAUACACCACACAUCGCCUCCUGCUAGGCACUCAUACAUCAAGCGAAGCUCAGAACUAUCUUCAAAUAGCCCAAGUACAGCUGCCGAACGCUAAGAACCCGGAAGCCGAAGAUUAUGAUGAAGAGAGGGGGGAGAUUGGGGGGUAUGGCGGCGCCGGUCCCAACAAAACCUCGAUGGAGGUGAAAUUUAACAUCACGCAAAAGAUCGAUCAUAAGGGGGAGGUCAACAAGGCACGCUACCAGCCACAAAAUGCCAAUCUCAUUGCAACCAUGUGCACGGACGGGCGGGUUAUGAUAUGGGACCGGUCGAAACACCCCAGCGUGCCACAGGGGACCGUUAACCCGCAGCUGGAAUUGUUAGGACACACGAGCGAAGGGUUCGGUUUAAGCUGGAAUCCCCAUACCCCGGGAGGGCUUGCUACAGGAAGCGAAGAUAAGACUGUUCGGUUAUGGGACGUAAGCACAUAUACCAAAGGCAACAGGGCCCUGAAACCCGUUAGAACGUACACACACCACUCUUCCAUCGUCAAUGAUGUUCAAUACCACCCACUCCACUCGUCUCUCGUCGGCACCGUCUCCGAUGAUAUCACCCUCCAGAUUCUAGACAUCCGUGAAUCAGACACUACUCGCUCUGCAGCAUCUGCCAAGGGUCAGCAUAAGGAUGCCAUCAACGCAGUGGCCUUCAACCCGGCCGCAGAGACCGUAGUGGCUACCGGCUCCGCUGACAAGACCAUCGGUCUAUGGGAUCUCCGAAACCUCAAGUCUAAACUUCACGCCCUAGAAUGCCACCAGGACUCCGUCACAUCGCUAUCAUGGCAUCCAUUUGAAGAAUCCGUGCUGGCGAGCGCGAGUUACGACAGAAGAAUCAUGUUCUGGGACCUCAGCCGCGCAGGUGAAGAACAAACUCAAGAAGACGCCCAAGACGGGCCACCUGAAUUAUUGUUCGUGCAUGGCGGACAUACCAACCGCAUUUCCGACUUCAGCUGGAACCUUCACGACCCCUGGGUGCUUUGCUCAGCGGCCGAAGACAACCUGUUGCAGGUAUGGAAGGUUGCAGAUGCGAUUGUAGGCAAGGACAUCGAGGAUGUUCCUACGGAGGAGCUGGAGUCUUGA